UGAAGAAAUUCAAUCGAGCUGAAAAAUUUAGUCAAGUUAAAUAACUUUUUUUUCUCAGUGUAUAAAUCCUUGCGAACGAAAUAAGUUGUGCUCGAUAAGACCUUUGGAAAACGCUACUUAUUCGUCAUUUGUACAAAGUCUGUCGUUAUCGUUUAAAAUAGAGAAAAUCGUGUAAUUUUAAAGAUUCCCGAUUCUCGAUGUUUCUGCGGCAUUUGCAGAACGUUACGAAAGUAUUUACAAACAUUCUCUAAUCGAGAUCGAUAUGAACGCAGGAUUGAAAUAUCAUUUCUAAACAGACUAGCAGAAUCAGUUACUCAUUCGCAUCUUCGUAGUACGGUUCUUAACGUGUGAAAAGGCACUUAUAGGUAAAAAGCAAUGGUCAGGUAAGUUUGCCUACUAAACUUUUUCUUUCACCGUUUUCACGCUGACUUUGCCUUCAUUUUAUGGUCGUAAAAAUUGAAGAAAUAUUUUUCCUUCCUCUCACGCACACGAAUCUUCUGAAGUAAUCCUGAGAGUGUCUCGACCGUACGUUACCGUUCUCAAUCGACGAUCGUGUACAUUUAAACCGUGUACAAAAAUAAUAAUUAAACUUGGCAGGAAUCGACGAGAGUCGCGCGCAAUUAUUGAGGGAUGCAUUUGUAGAUCGCAUUAUAAUUUCAUCGGCGUAAUGCAAUUUUAUCUGGCUUUUACGACGAGAUCUCGGUGUAAUGAUAUUUUGAUGCAAUUCGCAUUAACAUUAUAAUAUUAUUAUUGUAUUAUGUUAAUAGCUAUUUCGGUAAUACGAUUGUAAAGCGUUUGCAAAAGACUUUUAUUAUUAUUGCAGACAAGCACUUUGUUUUUGUUUGACAUGUAAAAUGUGGUUGGGAAAAAAAACUUAUAUAUAUAAUAGAAUGCUUCAUCGGUGCUCUUGGUGUGUAAAUAGUUUGCGUCUCGCACAGACAAUCUUAUCGCGUUUUUAUCAUCGUGGUCAUUUUCUAGUUCGUAUUUUGUAGGUGUGCCAUAUUCGUCUUAUUUUCUUUCUGUAAUCGCAUUCGGACCUUAGAUACGUAUAAUCUUUGCUUUCGAAAACAGUCGUAUUGAAAACUUGGGACUGACCGUACAAAUCCCAGAUAGCACGGAACAUUCUAUGGACGUUUAUGAAUAUUUUAUAGAUAUACGCGGAUGUUCAUAGAAUGUUUACCAAUGUGCAUAGAACGUCCUGUGCUAUCUGGGAUUGUUGGUCAAAGUAAAUUAACGAAGUAUGCGGAAAGAAACGCGAGCAUUUUUAUUUCAGGCAUCUAAAUUGUUAUUUGUAUAUGAAAUAAGUUAUUCGAAACGCGUUUGUCGUAUUUUGAAAUGCACAUCCGUCUUUAUUUCGAUGUAAAAGAGAGGUCUUUGUAAAGGGACCAUCCAAUACAGAUAUCGCAUGAAUCUCUAGAUAAUAAGCAUUAUGUAACAACAUAUAAUUAUUUCAUAGAAUGUUUAAAUUUAGAUAUCAGAAAUUUAGAUAUUAUUAAAUUUAGAUAUUGAAAUUUAGAUAUCAAAAAGAUCCGCUUUGUUUUGCAGAUUUAUUAAUAACUGAGAUAAUAAAGUUAUAUGAUCGUGCCGUAAAUUUCUCGAUAAACACGAACUCGUUUUUUUUUUUUUCGUGAAAAUCGUCUAUACAAUUUCUUAAAUUUUCAACAUUACCAUAUAUCUGUUUGCACAAGAUUGAAAGUCGAAGGUCAAGCCGAGAUUAUUUCAAUUACUUUUACCUGAUUUUAUCGGUAAUUCCACACAGAUAGGAUGAGAUUUUUGUUUAUUCAACAUGUUGCGAGAGAGAAAGGGCCAUCAUAUCGCAUGUACAAAUAAUGCAUGCCAGGUAACAUGUUUGGAAAAAGAUCCAUUAUGAAAUUGUCUAGUUUCUACAGCUUAGAUAAGUUCUGAUAUAAUUAUUGUCUCAUUUUAUUUUCAAAUAUGCGUUAUCAAUAGGUCUAGUAAUCUAGCGUUAGGGCGAGGAAGGGAGGGAAGGGAGGGAAGGGGAAGGGAGGGGCAACCGCAUUUCCUAUUUCUUUGCUUGGCCAAAUCAGUCGAAUUGCAGUCGUGUACGCGUCUUUGAACGAGAGUGUGUUUGCCACAGGUCUCACGCAGGUCUCACGCAUCCCAUGGACACCAUGUCUACCUCUCAACAGUACUGCCUCCGAUGGAACAAUCAUCGCUCGAACCUGCUCAACGUUUUCGACGAGCUGCUUCACAACGAGUCCUUCACCGACGUCACCCUCGCCGUCGACUGCGGUCGGACGGUUCAGUGCCAUAAGAUCGUGCUAGCCGCAUGCUCAACGUACUUCCAAACUCUAUUUCACGACGUGCCGAACCAGUAUCCGAUAAUCGUCCUGAAGGAUGUCAAGUAUUCCGAGAUCAAGGCGAUACUGGAGUACAUGUAUCGCGGUGAGGUGAACGUGGCGCAGGACCAACUACCCGGUCUGCUCAAGGUCGCGCAAGUGCUGAAGGUGAAGGGUCUGGUGGAGGAACACAGCAACCGUACUACGGCGCGCGACCUUCGCCGCGAGGAUGCGAUAGACACGUCGAUGUCGCCGCCACCGGCUAUCAGCACUAGCACCGGUGGUGGCGGCGCCAGUCACAUGUCACCGCCACACUCCACCUGUGAUUACUCCUCCCUUUAUGGCAAAUCCGGAGGAGUCUCGCUCGAUCGCAGUCACCCGUUGACUAACUCAUUACCAAUCACGUGGCCUCUGUUGCACGCUGGCGCGGGCCAUCAGCUUCCGACGUCGAUGUCUUCCUCUGCUCUCGUUGGUAGCGGCGGAGGCAGCGGCAGCAGCGGCGGUGGCGGAUCCUACGACAACGGUAUCGAGACCUCGCCGUUCAAGCGCCGGAAGCUGUUACCACCGUCGCCUCUGCUGAUGAACACCGACACGCCGAUACUGCGCACGGUACUCGGUCAGUCCCAUGUCGACAGCUCGCAGCCUAUGUCGCUGCUGCAACCGGACAGCCACGAGCCGGUGCACUACCGCAACGCGAGCAGCAACGGAUCCACGAACGACACCGAGAACCGCCGCAACAACGAUCUGGCCCACGGCGAAAGCGCCCACGCCGACGUCUCCUACAUGGACGAGGACGACAGACAGACGUCGCCGCAAUCGUACGGCGGAGAUACUGUUCGAAAUUCAGCUGCCGCGGACUGCGUCCAGCCGAAGCCCGAGUGGAAACGCUACAAGCAGUACACCCGCGACGACAUCACCGGGGCGAUCGAGGCAGUGAGGGGUGGAAUGAGCGCCGUCGCAGCGGCGCGAAAAUUUGGCGUGCCGUCGCGUACGCUUUACGACAAGGUGAAGAAGCUCGGGAUCCCGACGUCGCGGCCGUUCAAGCGGUCGACGAGCAGCAACGGAGGAAGCGGGGCCUGCUUCCCGUUCGGCAUCGGCGCCAACGUGAACGGCGCUCUUUACGACGGCAACAGCGGCGGCACUAAUCCCGAGAUCGAGAACGAGGGUGGCGGCAGCGCUAACGUCAGCCUCGAGAGUCUGGCCGGUACGAGUAACGCGGCCUUCGAGGCCGCUUACGCGAGGGGGGUGAAGGACACGUCGCAGGACCGUGACGUAAUAUCGGACUCGAUGGCCCGUUGCAGCUCGAGUCCUGUGAUACGCUGCGCUAAGCAGAGGCAGCAACAGCAGCAGCAGCAGCAGGACCUGGCUGAUCAGGUGGAGGAUCUAUCGGUGAGUCGCAAGUCCGACGUUCCGGUGAUAGUGUCGCCGACCGCCACGUCGGCCACCGUGAUUAAAGACGAGCUGCAGGAAACGGAGCUGGAUAGCAAGGAUUACAGCUAACUCUUGUGGCCUAAUGAUCGGAGUAAUAAGAUACGAGUAAAGUUCAACUUGCGUUCAACUCGUUCAAAAUUGAAAUUGUGUCACUUUAGGUACUCUAUACCUCUUGUCUUUCACGAUUUUUUCUAUUUCUCGAGCAAAUUACGGGAUUUAUUACGAUAGAUAAGAUUUAUUUUGACGUUGAACCUCCUUGUUACUCCAUCUUAUUGCUCUAUCCGUCGUGUGUAGCCGCGGAAGAGUUUUCUUCCCGCAUAUUUCUCAUAUUUCUUUAUCGAAUGUGUAUUUUCAUAUCUGAUGUAAUCGAAAACAGAGUAACUGCCGUAAAUUCGAUCGGCAGAACCAGAGCCGGAACUAGGGUGCAAUGAAUGAGGCAUUUGCAUGUAAAAAAAAAUUUAAGGGGCGCAAAAAUUGCAAUAUAAAUUUAAAGUAUGUAAAUGAUCUACAUGCAAUUGAAACUUCUUCUGAAAUGCUGAGUUUCAAGCAGCAUGCAGCCUUGAUACUUCCUAAUAUAAAAAGUCAGCUUCUAUUUUAGACUUUUUCAAAUUAAUUCAUGAUUACUCUUUAACUGAAUCGCGUUCGAACUUAAAGGAAGCAUACGAAAUGUUUCUAACUAUUCCGGUAAUAGUGGUUUUGUGGAGAAAAAGUUUUUAGUAAAUUGAAGUUGAUAAGAAAUAAUCUAAGAUUAUUAAUAAAUUUAGAAAAAUUACGCAAAUUCUUUCAAUUGAAAAUAAAAUAUAUGAGAAUUUAAAUUUUAAUAAAAUAAUUGACCAAUUGCAAUCAGAGCACGAAAAGUAUUAUUUUAAAUAAAAAAAAAAAAUACAUUUCCUGUAAAUUCUUAAGAAUCAAUGUUGUCUAUGUAAAUGUAAAAUACUCUGAUUUUAGUAACUACGUUUUGUUUUGUAAUUAUACAUAUACACGUGACCUGUAUGUUUGUAACAUACACGUGAUUAUAUGUGGUCUUAUUAAAUUAAUAUUAAUGUAUUAAAUACUAUUAAUUAAUAUUACAUUUCUUAUUACGUGUUGUAAAAGAAAUAUAAAUUUCUGUUACUAAGGGGUCUAUUUUUCUUCUUUUGCGCCGAAACGUCUAGUCCCGGCUCUGGGCAGAAUGUAACGAAAUAUGUUAACAGAAUAUACGCAGAACAUGAAUAUGAUGGCGGAUUAAAACCGCAGAAACUGAGCAGUAAACCGGGAAAUCUAUCAUUCUGUGACCAGAAACGAUAUAUUCCAUUUCUAUGAGUUUUACGAAAUAAUAAAUUCUGCUCAGUUUUUGUUGGCAAUCCGCCGUCAAAUUAUAUCGGCGGGUCAAAUUAUAUUGGCAGAACGCGAAAUUAACGCAGACGUAAUUGAUGCGCCAAUCUAUCGCGACGUUCUCGAAUCGAAUCUGCUGGCAGAUAGCUAAGAUGACAUUUUUACCAAAAUGUUUCAUCCUAGCUGUUCCGUCAUGCAUCUUGAUACAGAACUUAAGCGUAUUUAUUCCCGCACGAAAAAUUUGUUUUACGAAUAUGACCAUAAUGCGCAUAAAAAGAAAGAAAUUUACAAAAUUAAAGCUGUUAAUUAUUGCAAAUUUUUUUGAUUCGUUGUUCGUGAUUCGCUGCUCGCGCGUAGUCUAGCGGUAGACUAAUAAAAUAUAGCGGCCUUAAAUUUCUUUAAAAUUUAACGCGAAUAAGGUUCAACAAAGCAAUGACUUGCACAAAAGAACGUGUCGCCAGCCAAAGAUUAAUUUAGACUUUAUUCAAUGCGUAUAACAACGGCGUUAUGUAAAAGUUUAAACAAAUAAAAAAAAAGGAUACUUGUAAAGAGGGGAAAAAAAUGUAAAAUAGAAAAUAAAUAUCCUGAUACUCCGUUCAAGAGUAUUUCUAAAAUUAUUAGAUAAGAUAGACACAUCUGUAAUUGGUAUUACAUAUCGCGCAAUAUUUGAGAAUAACUUUUUUUGUCUCGCGACAUAUUCCUUUGUGCGGCAUCCUUGUCUACCGUAAUAGCAUUAGAGCUUUAACAAAUUGACAACGAAAUAGUAUGAGGUUCACGAACGGAGUCCCGAGUGACGCCAUGUUCUUUCGUCUCCUCACUAUCGUGUUAACGUAAACGCGGUUAAAGUUAAUGCAAUAAUGGAGAGAUAUAUUCGGUAGUAUGUUACUACAAGGUACCAGCAAUAAUUGCAAGCGUGGAAGUAUUUUCGGAACGAUAAAUUUUGAUGGUUUAUUACUUGCCAACUUAUCAUUCGCGAACUCCGUACUAUUUUGUAUUGAUUAUUUAAAUGCUACUGUUAAUUUGUUAGCAAUUGUGUAAGUACUUCUUCGUUGUAUUUGAUCGUUACUGACCAUGAUUCCGGGAUACGAUUGCAAUAUUGCUCAAACAUAUCAAUAGUCAUGAUAAUAACGAAUUACCUCGUAUAAACGUGUUCAUUAAUGUAAGACUGAUUAAAUACAGAUUUGAAAUGUGAAUGUAUACACACACGCAUACACACAACCACAUAGACAACACAUAUACACACAUAUCAUUGAUUAUUGAAAUACUCAAACCUGUCGUGGCAAAGUAUCGAGGAAGUUUCGAUUCACAAUUAAGCAAAGAGACAGAUAUAAAUACCGAAAAUCAAUUUUUUUUAAUUUCAUUAAUCAAAAUAAAUACUUUAUUAAUUGAUAUAAUUUUAAUCAUAUGUUUUAUUUUAUUUCUUCUUUUUUUUAAAUAUAAAUAUAAAAUAUAACUAAUAUUAAAAUGUUAUGCAUUUAUAUCUGCGUUACGGAUAAUAUUGAAAAGUGCCUAAAAAUUAAUGUUUACUUUCGAAUAACGCUCCUCGAGAGAUGGAAAAUAUAAAUAUCCAAAUUUGUUACAAGAUUAAACCUUUUGAUAUUUGUACAUAUUAACGUAGUUCCAUAUAUUGAAAUAAUAAAUUAAAAAUUUUACGAUUUCAUUGGUUUUUAUCUCGAGACACAUAUAUUUAUGAAAAUAUAUACAGUAAAACAGAUUACGUUCAAUUAAAAACGCGUUGCGGAAUAUACAUUUCCACUCGAAACGCGCGUGAAAGAACGAAACUGCAGGGAUCGACGUAAUUUUUCAUCGAUACUUUGCCUCUCUAAACGCAGACCAAAGCUACUUCGAACAUUUCUACCUCCGCAAUAUAUUAUUGUAUGUCAUUCCAUAUUUAUCGCAAUAGAAUUUUUAUAUAGAGAAGAUAUUUACAAAACGCGGUAUAAAAUAAAGCCCAAUAAGUACCUGUUACGAUGUGAUCAAAUACAUCUUUAAUAAAAUGUAAAUCCAAUAAUGUUAAAGAUCUCCGACAUUAAAUUACCGUUAAUGUAUUACGUAAGGCAACUUGAAGCUCGCUAAUAAAUGCUUCAUUUAAGAACGAAUAUAUUAUUUUAUAGUCACUGUUAUCUAAUACGUAUUAUUAUUUUUUUUAUACCGAUUACAGAUUGUACUGUAAGUAAAAUCGUACAAAUAGUUGUAAGAUAUGUUAUUAUUGUUAGCCUUUGAUAAAUUCUACUUUAAUCGAGUAUCAUGAACCAUAAUAAGACAUUCGUCAAAAUCCUAUCAACACGAUGAUUUUGACGAAUUUGGCGACUUCGAACAAACUAUUCAUCUGUCUUUUUAUUACACACUCUUCCGAAAUAUCUAUUCGUUCGUAGAUCAAAUUGGAUCUUGCAGACAAGGGAAAAAAAAAUAUAUAUAUGUAAUUAAGAAAAUAUUCACGUAUUGAUUCGUACGUACGACGUACGUUGUUUUUUUUUAUAAAAAUCAAAUUGGUUUAGAGUAUAUCAGAGUAUAUAUCAUGCGGCGUUGAUGCGAGAGCACAUUUUAUAUAGUCUGCAAUAUAUCUAUUUUAAUUCACGUGUGUCUGCGAAGCGCAUUUCGAAGCACCGACGCGCAUCGUUCAUUACAUGGUAUAUGCAUUGUGAGGUUUUCUAGUACGUGCCUUCAUUCGUUGAUUAAUCUUUACGAUGUGAGCGCGGCGCGUUAACUAUUUAGAGUUGAUUUUGUACUGUUUGUUGUCCUCGAACCAUCUCACCCACACGUUGCGUGAAACAGUGCGGUAGUACGCGGAAUUAUUUUACCGUGUGACGUAUUUUGAUCCUUCCUCCGUUUCAUCCGGCAUAAUUGUAAAUAGUCACGAGUGGACGACGCCACUUUAACAAUUAGCGAUGUAAGACUGAUUGUAAGACUGAUUUUUUUUUUUUACUACGUUGACUUACACGCACACGCACGAUGCGCGCCCACGUAUAUAUGUAAUGCGCGUAAUACAUAUAUAUAUAUCUAAAUAAAUACAAGUAUAUACAUUGAUUUGUGCAUAUAUUAUAAUAUAUAUAUUAUAUAUAUUAUAUAUAUUAUAUAUUUACACACUUGCUCCCACGAAAUGUAUGUUAUCAAUAAUUGUGAGCGUUUGUUAUAAAAUAAAGCAUAUAAUCUUACA